GCAGCUGCUGGACUUAUGUUCCUAGCAUUAUUUCACUGAAAAACGCCUAAAAAUAGAAGAGAAAACAAAAUCUCACAAGGGAGCUAAACUUGGCAGUGUUAGCAAUGUGCUUUCGUUGGACCCAUUUGCCUUUCCAUGAAAUUGAUAUGCUGCAACCAAAAAGUGAUUCCCGCAUUAGGCAAGCAAAUUGGUUUAGUCUAGUUUCUUCUCAAUUUAAAAGGAGAUUAAGCCAAAUUUCUGUUUGUAUCCAGACUUUUGGGACAUAAAAGGAUUGCCUCCAAUUAUGGGUUGGUUAACACCAAUCAAGAAAUUGAUUAAAAUGGCCAGUGCAUGCAUAAGGACUAAGUCACAAUCUUUAAGUAAAUGUAAGUAUGGGUUAAUUUCAUUGUAUUCUUUAAGUAAACAUAAAUAUUUUGGUUGAAUCAGUGUUUUCUAAAAAGUAUUUCCCUCAGACAUUAGAGGCAAACCAAAUCACAAGUUUCAAAGAUAGUAUGAAGAAACAGAAGAGGCAGACAGAAAGAAAACAAGUGAGCUCUAUUAUGAUUAUUAUGCAGCUCUUGCCACCACUCCAUUUGAAGUAUGAUGCACACAACAAUCCUCAAAAGUAUAAUUUUUGCUCAAAUAAAACUUUUGUCACUUUUCGUUGCCCCCUUCAUGUCAGGGUUCAAAAUUAGUCGAAUUUUUGAGCGAAAAAAUAUUGAGCGAAAAAUUAGUGCGAAACAUAAUUGAAUCUUGAAACCGGAAUCCUUUAUGAGCACCAUGAAGAAUUUGUGUUUCGUAAAAGAAGCAUUAUUCUUGCAAUUUCGAAUCCCAAUUAGCAUUUUUUAGCAUCGUUUUUGCACCAGCUAGCACCGCUGGCUGAAGAAAAAAAAAACUGCCCAGCCUGCAUUCAAUCCUGUCACGUUAGUCAUCCCCAGGCAUGAGUGUAGUGAGGCAUGGAGUACUCAAUGAGUGAGGGCAGUGAGAAGUAAUUUGCGACUGGUCUCUCCAACGCUCUGUCAGUGUAUUCGUACAUUCUCUUUAACAAGUUGUGUUAUUUUAGCUUGUCUUAAUCCAGUGCCAAACACUGUGCUUAGUCGUACCCAUGUCGAUAAAAGACAAGUCAUGUACGAAGACUUCGACUUGGAGAAUCUGCUGAUGGGUUGUGACGAUUGUGACUCUUCGUCCAUCCUCGAGAUGGACCCCAUGGUUCAGGUGUCGGAAGACUUCUCCAAGAAGCAACUCUUUCGGCAUGAAUCAGAAUUGAAAGACAAGAAAGGCGGCUAUCUACAAGGUAAAGUCGCUUUCCCGAGGGGUGAAGGCACCAUCAUGAUCAGUUGCGCACCCACCAGCACGAAUGAAUCGCUCGUGGAUGGCGAGCCUUUGAAUUUUCAGCCUAACUUGCUGCUGGUCUCCAAGAUGAAGCGAGGCCAGAAACGGCGAAGAACAUCUAAUGGAUCUGCCGGAGGUCAUAGUCCGGAUUCCACAGAGGACUGCGAGACCAAGGUCUUGGCCGACAUGUGGCGAAUCCAACUGAAGCAGACCAACUCGGGUGAAAUUUAUUAUGGGGAUACCUUGGUGGGAAGUAAUUCCAUUCUCCUCUUUGAUUCGAUCAUUUUCCCGGUGACCAUCAUGAUUCCACUGCAAAAUGGGAAAGGUAGUGAUAGGGUCAACAUCAAGCGGGUUCUACAAAGCAUUGACGAUUCGCAAGAAUUUAGUCAUCGAGCUACAAUCCUGGAGCACGAAUUUAAACGAAGCGGGAGGUUCACCUUGCACGAAGUGCGCUUACGUUUCCAGAUCAAAUUUGAAGAUGUCCAACGUCCAUGUGUGGUAGGAUACUCGCCGAUCAUUCUCAACCAAAAGCAUUCCUCAACGGGUAGUAUGGAGAUCAAAAUGUGUUUGCCACACGACCCGUUUUGCAAUCAUCAGGAUGGAAAAAUGUUCAUCAUGUUAGUCACCAAACUAGAUGCCGUGGAUGCGGCAUUGGUUAUCAUGGAUGGAAGCGGAGAAAAUCAACGCUUGACCGAAUUGUUGAAACAACCUCCCAAGCCUAUUAUCAUUCAUCAUAAGGUGUUGAUUGAGGUCACUAUCCCAAAACAAAUCGAAUUAAUCAAACACGAGCUCACCGAUGAAACGUCUUCGUCCUCCCGACUUCAUUUGGUUUUACAAUCAAGAGACGAAAAAGAGGACAUUCCUCUCACAUACGGCAAAUUCAACUCCUGCCAAACGUGUAACGAUUUUAAUAAGAACGUAGUGGCUGAUCUACUAAGUUGUCGUGACAGAAUUUGCGGGGAUGGACACAAACAGCCCCAGUUGCCCAUUGGUCUCAGAUUGGAAAGUGCUCAAGCAUUAACGCCUCCGGCAAGCCCUCCUUACGAGCUACGGCUUGGUCGCGUGGGCUCCGCCCGACAAGAUAUCCAACCCAAUGCCAAUGUUGAAAACGAAGUGUCUUGGGUGAAGGCCAUGUUUCCGAUUUGCUUUGUCCUAGUAGUGAUUUAUUUGAUCCAAAAGUUCUUGCCGGGAUUGAUGAGAAUGGAAACGAUGAUGGCGUGAAACGUCCGUGAUUAUAUGAAAGCUUUUGUAAGUUAUGACUUAUGGAGUUGUGAUUUGUUUACGACCAAUGUUGUCAAAUUGUUCCGACUAGUCCGAUGAUUCAUGCGAUGAAGUCAUUAAAACCACUUAUUUGAUGUCAAA